AUGAAUCGCCGUUACAGUGCCCAAGACAUCCUCCUCUGUGACUUGUGUCAAACAGCCGCCUUACAGAGUUACUGUGAACUUUGUCAUGUUAAUCUCUGUAUAGUCUGUGUAGGAAAACAUCUCUCUGAUUCAUCCAAAAGACACAAUGUUGUACCAUACAAACACAGAACGUCUACUCUUAACUACCCGAAAUGUCAAAACCACAACCAGAAAAUUUGUGAACUUUACUGUGAGAAAUGUGACAUUCCUGUCUGUUCUACCUGCAUCUCCUCUGGUAAACAUCACAGCCAUGUUAUAGCAGAAAUUCUACAAAAACUCAGCUCCAAAACAGAAGAUUUAAAAAAGGACUUGAAAGAACUAGAAAAAAGAAUAUGCCCAACAUACGAAGAAAUUAUACUAGAUAUAAAGUCUGAAAAAGCUAACAUUGAAGAAGGUUAUCAGGAACUUACAACAGCUGUCACCAAACAAGGAGAAGACUGGCACAGAAAAAUUAACAACAUUGUCAAUGAACAAAAAUUUGAAAUUAAUGAAAUGAAAGUUAGACAUCUGGAUGCUCUAAAUAAACAGGAAAAUAAAAUAAAACAGAUUACUUCUGAUGUAAAAAAGAGAAUUUUUGAUCUGAAGAAAUUGCUAGAAUCGAAUGAUGUCUCCAUUACCUUUGCAUACAAAUCCAGAAUUGCUGAAUUCAGAAGUUUACCACCUAAAGUCAAUGUUUCAUUACCAAGUUUCUCUCCACAUCAGAUCAACAAAGAACGGCUCUAUCAAAUGUUUGGUUCUCUGUCAGUAUUAUCCAUUACAACAGAAGAAUAUGGCUACACAAUGAAGGCACAAGAAGCUGUAUCCUGUCCUCUAGUCAAACCACUGCUUGAUGAACCAGAGCUCAUCACCACGAUAGACAUCGGAUAUGAACGACUUUACAGUGUUUUCUGUCUCAGUGAUGAAGAAAUCUGGAUUCGUGGAAAAGGCAGCAUCAUGAAACUCUACAACCUCCAGGGCAGAUUGCUGAAGUCAGUCAAAACCAAGUCAGCUAAUGAUCCACGUGACAUAACAGUGACAAGAAAUGGAGAUCUUAUUUAUACUGACUCUGAAGCAAGAUCUAUAAACAUAGUGAAGAAUAAACAGAUACAGGAAGUGAUCAGAAUACAGGGGUGGAAACCUUACUAUGUCUGUAGUACCUCCUCUGCUGACCUCCUGGUAACCAUGGUCAGUGAUGAUAAAGAACAAUCAAAAGUUGUCCGUUACUCUGGAUAUACAGAAAUACAAACCAUUCAGUUUGAUAGUGAAGAUAAACCGCUGUAUUCAACUGGUUACCAUAAAUACAUCAGUGAGAACAGGAACCUGGAUAUCUGUGUAGCUGACUAUGAAGCCAGUACAGUAGUGGUGGUUAAUCAGGCCGGGAACCUCCGGUUUCGAUACACAGGUCAUCCCUCUACUACCAAGGUAUCCUUUGUUCCAUUCGGUAUCACAACAGACAGCCGGAGUCAGAUCCUCAUAUCUGACCAUAACAACCACUGUAUCCACAUCCUAGAUCAGGACGGACAGUUCCUCCGUUACAUUGAUAACUGUGAUUUAUACUUUCCAUUGGGUUUGUGUGUGGACACCAGAGACAACCUCUUUGUGGCUGAAUGUUUCAGAGAUGUAGUGAAGAAAAUCAAAUACAUGUAAAUACU